GUUUUAACCAGUCCAUGUAUGGAGUUACCCGUGGGAUAAAUGUUUCUGUACGUACCCGGAAGUUCAGCGAUAAACGCCGAUAUAAUACAUGUGUAAGAAUGAACAGCGGUGAGACGAGAAGAGGUAGAUUUUGAUAAAUUCUUGAAUGAUUAUAAGGUAUCUAUGAUUUCUAACCAUGUGUCGAAAAAAGAGAACACUCUGAAGCAAACGCUUAAACACGAUUUGCUGAACGUGGACCAAUAUGGAAUCAUAUAUUAUCGGUUUGGCCGUCCUGGCAGUGCUAGUUUUUCUGCUGAUAGUUGCCAUCAUUUUGUUGACUUUGUUUUUCUUACGGAGACUCAGACGCCAGAGUGAUAAAUUAUCAAACAUUGAAAAAGCUUUACAAGAGAAAGACACGCCCUUGCGGAAUCUCUCGUCGAAAACCUCGGACCGUCCUCAGACGGACAGUGCCGUGGAUGUUAGUGAGUUAGACAAUAGCUUCGGUCCUCUGGACAGAAACAACACUGCUAACCCAAAAAUCAUAUCCAUACGCAGUACGAAGUCUCUCAGUGUUAUUACGCGCCGCAGCGUUCAUUGCGUGACCUCUGAACCUAAUAGACCGCCACCUCUUCCAGCUCAAGUGGUUAAUCUUACUCAGGUGACAGAAAACAACCCUAAGAAUGAGCAAACCACAGCAGACGACAUCAAAUUUAAUACCAGUCUCUCAGACGAGUUUAUGGGUGUUUAUGAAUCUUAUUUUAAGCAAAAUGUUGCUAAAAAUCGACCGACAUCGGUUCUCUGUCCUGCCGAUUCGGAAAACAAAACAGUUCAGUUCGAGACGGGUAUGUUUGUGCACAAAGAAAUAGACGCAAGCGGAGGAGAAAUGGACAUUUCCGGUGUAAAGCUUAAAAUACCCAAAGGGGCUGUAGAGAAAAAGACAAGAUUUACACUAGGAAUAACUUGGGACAUGGAUGUGUUCCCUGACUUAUCCAAACGAAAGGCUCUACUUAGUCCUUUGGUCGUCUGCCAACCGUCUAUGUCUUUCAGAAAACCAGUGGAACUUAAUUUUCCACACUGUGCAGACAAAAUAGAUGUUAACUGGAAGUGGGAAAUCAUUAAGCGGGGUGGCGACUUAACGCAGCAGAGUUCUUGGAACAGCAUCACUCUCGAGGACUACGACCAGAGGAUGGUUUCCAAGUCAUCCGUGACGAUUCACCUCCAUCACUUCACGAUAUUCGCUCUGAUCGGCACGUCCAAGGAUGACCGAGUGGCGGCCAAAGCUGUACAAAUGGUCGCCUUCUCCUCGGUCCUCCAGAGAACCUCACUCUUUACUUCCAAACUCUACUGUAUUAAUGACUACGGGAGGGAUAUCCAGGACAUUCGACGGAAGGAAUUCGAAGUCAACCGGAAGAUAAUCGACAGCCCUGUCCCCUUGCUGGUGUACGACAAUGGUGAAAACGUGGUGGUCAAGCAAACGAAGGAGCCCGAGGAAUGGAAGUUGAUGGGGAAGAAAUCAAUGGAACUGGAUUUUGAAUUGGUUUGGCAUUCCUGCAAUCCAAACUGUGCGUUCGCAUACAAGCCACAAUCGACAGAUAUCGGAGAAAUAGUUGUCGAGUAUACGUGCCAUCAAACCAAACACGAAGAAACCAAGUCCAGCAUUCAAAUUGUCGCUGAAGCACCAAAGUUUCUCCCUGCUCCUUUUGACAAAAAGCAGAGUGAAAUGACCAGAAAUUUAAUCGUUUGUCUUGACCCCGCCACCGACAAUAACAGCGACUGGCGCGGCCUGGCGGAGAAGAUGGGCAUGAAAUUUGACAAGAUUCGUUGGAUCGAGGAACAGAGUGGCAGCGCUACCGAACUACUACUGAAGCUUUGGAUGGACGAGGGGAGACCACUGGAAGAGCUGAGGAGUUUGUUGUUAGAAAUGAACAGAGACGACGCUGUGUCAGUCAUUGAUAAAUAUCAGAAAGGGGACAAAUUUUGAAAGCGAUGCUUCAAAGCUCUGCCAUGAUUCGCAAAGGCUUGCAUGCCAUCUCAGACCUUGAGGUCAUGAAAUCUUGGUCGAGUUUAAUUCUGUUUAAUACUAUGUAUUCCUUUUGUAAAAUCAAGACUGAGAUCAUAAUUAAACCCGUGUUAGAUUGUA